ACGUCACUCAGCGUCGCACGGUGAUGACGUGUAUCGCGGGCGCGGCGGCGGGGCCGGACAUGGCGGCACGGACCGGGCCGCAGGAAGAUGAAUAAGGAUUGGUUGGAGCUGGAGAGCGACCCCGGUCUCUUCACUCUCCUGGUCGAAGAUUUUGGGGUCAAGGGGGUGCAGGUUGAAGAGAUUUAUGAUCUGCAAAGCAAAUGCCAAGGCCCUGUGUAUGGGUUCAUCUUCCUGUUCAAGUGGAUUGAGGAGCGCAGAUCCCGCAGGAAGGUCUCUACCCUGGUGGACGAGACGUCGGUGAUCGAUGAUGACAUCGUUAAUAACAUGUUCUUUGCUCACCAGCUGAUCCCCAAUUCCUGUGCCACUCAUGCUCUGCUGAGUGUCCUCCUGAACUGCAACAAUGUUGACCUGGGCCCCACUCUGAGUCGCAUGAAGGAUUUCACCAAGGGGUUCAGCCCUGAGAGUAAAGGUUAUGCCAUUGGCAAUGCCCCCGAGCUGGCCAAGGCCCACAACAGCCACGCCAGGCCGGAGCCACGGCACUUACCAGAGAAACAGAAUGGGAUCAGUGCUGUGCGAACCAUGGAGGCUUUCCAUUUUGUCAGCUAUGUCCCUAUCAAGGGACGGCUGUUCGAGCUGGAUGGGCUGAAGGUCUAUCCUAUUGACCACGGGCCCUGGGCUGAUGACGAGGAAUGGACAGACAAAGCCAGGAGGGUGAUCAUGGAGCGCAUUGGCCUGGCCACUGCAGGGGAGCCAUACCAUGACAUCCGUUUCAACCUGAUGGCAGUGGUUCCUGAUCGGAGGAUGAAAUAUGAAUCCAAGCUUCAUAUCCUGAAGAUGAACCGCCAGACUGUGCUGGAGGCCCUGCAGCAGCUUAUCCGAGUCACUCAGCCUGAGCUGAUCCAGUCCCAGAAGUCUCAGGAAUCUCAGUCUCCUGAAGAGGCAAAGCCAGCCAGCAGCAAGACUGCAGCCCCAGAGAGCACCCAUCCAGACAGCACUGAUGAGCCUGCCAGCCAGGGCCACACCACGACCACGCAGAGCCCACCCACCAAAUCAAAACCAGUGGCAAAGGCGUCAGUGAGCAGCAUCAAUGGUGUGCCUCCAGCAAACCCCAACCCCAUCGUGCAGAGGCUGCCAGCCUUCCUGGAUAAUCACAACUAUGCCAAGUCCCCCAUGCAGGAGGAGGAAGACCUUGCAGCAGGAGUGGGUCGCAGCCGGGUCCCAGUCCGACAGCACCAGCAGUACUCAGAUGAUGAAGAUGACUACGAUGAUGAUGAGGAGGAGGAAGUCCGUAACACCAACUCAGCCAUCAGGUACAAAAGGAAGGGGCAGGUAAAGCAAGAGCACGCAGCGGGGGCCGCGGAUGGCCAGCUCUCCGUCCUCCAGCCCAACACCAUCAACGUCCUGGCUGAGAAGCUGAAGGAGUCCCAGAAGGAUCUGUCCAUUCCCCUGUCCAUCAAGACGAGUGGCGGCGGAGCUGCUGUGGCCAUUGUCACUCACUCCCAGCCCUCUCCCACCCCCAGCAAUGAGAGCACGGACACCGCCUCCGAGAUCGGCAGCGCCUUCAACUCCCCGCUGCGCUCUCCCAUCCGCUCGGCCAACCCCACCCGUCCCUCCAGCCCCGUCACAUCCCACAUCUCCAAGGUGCUGUUUGGUGAGGAGGACGGCCUCCUGCGCAUUGACUGCCUGCGCUACAACCGGGCUGUCAGGGACCUGGGGCCCAUCAUCAGCUCUGGGCUGCUGCACCUCACAGAGGACGGCGUGUUCUGCCCGCUGGCUGCUGCAGAUGGGAAAAGCUCCCCGCCUUCCAUCAAACCCGGUGAAGAAGCCCAGGUCGCCAUCAAACUGGACGAGAAGGAGGGCAGUGAGGCCAGUGGCAGCAAAGAGAAGGUGGGACUUGGCAGGACCAGUGAUCACCCUGGGGGGGAAAAGUAUUCUCCCAAGGAGCUGCUGGCGCUGCUGAAGUGUGUGGAGGCAGAGAUUGCAAACUACGAGGCUUGCUUGAAGGAAGAGGUAGAGAAGAGGAAGAAAUUCAAGAUCGACGACCAGAGGAGAACCCACAACUACGACGAGUUCAUCUGUACCUUCAUCUCCAUGCUGGCCCAGGAGGGCAUGCUGGCGAGCCUCGUGGAGCAGAACAUCUCCGUCCGCAGGCGCCAGGGGGUCAGCAUUGGCCGUCUGCACAAGCAGAGGAAGCCGGACCGCCGGAAACGCUCCCGUCCGUACAAAGCCAAGCGGCAGUAGCCUUGGGGUUGAGACUGAGAGGAGCUCGCCCUCGUGGCUCUGGGCAGCGGCACCUGGAUAGAUGUUACUCUUUGCCUGAGGACCCCAGCCAGAAGCCUUUGGCUGAGGUGGCGCCUGGGGACAAGCAGACAUUGGGUUUUCCUCUGAGCCCAAAAGGCAGCAAGGCCUUGCCUUGAGGAGAGCCCUGCAGCCAAAGGCUGAGUGCCCUGCUGCCUGCCUGGCUGUGGCCACGCUCUGGUGCCUUGGGCUUGUCUUGGGGCCAUGGCUGGCAAUGGGAGGAGGGGAAGAACCUGCCUGGCCAGAGGGCUGGGCACUGCGGGGCACUGCGGGGCACUGGGGCUGCUGAUGUGAGGCUGUGCUGGCCGCAGCUGCCUGGGGCUGGUGCCCUGCUGCAUCCAGGCCUUCAGCUCUGUGCUUCCCCAGGACCCUCAUACCUGUGUUUUCUGUUCCUUUAUCUUCCUUGACAAAAUUGGAUCUUCUGGUUCUGACCCGUUUGUUGGCUGUGGCUGAAUGAAGCAGCUCCUGGGCAGAACCUCUCUCCAGCACCAUGGCCCUGUAUGACCCCAGCUGUGUGCUGAUCCCCUGGGGUGGCAGUGCCACCUGUCCCCAAGGCCAGACUCCACUCUGGACCUCGUCCCUACCCUCCCGUGGUGGUGCUGAGGGGGUGCAUGGCCCUGCUUCUACAGCUGCUCUCCUAAGGACCAGCAGUGUGGCCCUGGCAGCGCUUUCAGGUCACGCACAAUUGCUCCUUGUUUCAGAGAACUCUGUGUAUAAAGAACACAAGGUUGGUGGCUUGGCCCCGGUGCUGGGGGGCUGGAAGCUGGACCUGGAAUUGCCUGGUGCCCUGAGUGAAGCCUUUCAGCCUGGGAAGAGGUGACAGGAACUUCAGCAGUGGGCAGAAACAGGAAGGAGCCCAAAGCUGCUUUUCCUGCCCAUGCAGCCCCCAUUGCUGCCCCCAACCCACUCAGCAGCCAGAGGUCACUGCUUGUCCCCUGUGCUGAUGGGGGAAGAAGUGGCUGCAAUGGGGCCAAGAGCUGCAGCAGGGACUGGCUUUGCCAAACGUUCAGAUUUGUACAGAUCUCGACAGUGGAAUUUUGGGGUUUUUUUUUGUUUGUUUUGUUUUGUACUUCCUCGAAGGAAAGAAAAUCCUUCCGUCUCUUGCUGUGUCUAAUAACAAGUGCUGUAUGUAAUGGAUCUGUCUGAAGGAAUAAAGCUCCUGUAACAGCCA